AUGUCAGGACCUCCAAGGAUAGUUCUCUAUGCCGAGCUUCUCUCAAAUAUUCGCCAGGUCUCAGUGGGAUGCUCACUUUCCUCCGCCUGCGCCACCACUACCGAGGCAAGUCUCUCGCCCGACGGCCAGCAGCUCACCGUCCGGCAUGAAGGUGAAGAAUGCGCGGUGCAGCUCCCGGGCAAAGUAUCAGCUCCUACCAAGUUGCCAAUGCAGACCCGGGACUCGCGGAACCUGUCCUGGCGUCUCCCGCUGGCCGGGGCAGCGCCGAUGAGGUUCAUACCGCCUUCGCAGCUGGACUCGCAGACGGUGGCCUGGUCCGCGUCUGAACUGCCAGUAGGAGGCAUCAUCAAGUGCCGAGAUUGUCAAGCCAUGGUGAUUGGAGAGGGUACCAUCAACGCGUGGAAAGACCUCCCUAGCGAGAACUGGGCAGAGAUGAUGGAGUUCUGGCACUGCCACAAGCCUGACAAUGCCGACCACGACCACCUCCAUGGUCAGACGGAGUCGGAAGAACAUUUAGCUGGCAGAGGCUAUGGUGCCAACUCUCGCAUUGCUGGAAAAGCAGGGACCGGCUUCGUAGAUCUCUCCUCGCUAUUGUUUUUGGAGAAAGACUGCGCAAAUUUGACGCCAACUGAGACCAACACCGCCUCCAAAGAGUCCAGCAGCUCGACAAAGCAUGGCAGUCCGGUGACCUGUAGUAAAUGCUCCUCCGAGAUCGGGGCCAUUCAUGUUGAGACGUCAUCCGUGACCCUGUACAAAUGGCAGGUCACCAUAUCCUCUCCAGAAUCUAAAGUCGACCUUCAACCUCAGCCAACCCUGGCAAAUUGUGUAGCGUCCAUGCUCGCCUCCACACUCUCGCGGUCUGGCUGUUCUAAGUCCAUCAUCCUCCCAAUUGGUGCCUCUUCGUCGUCAUUGAGCCAGUCGGGCGAGUCGCUGCUACAUAUCUGGCUCUUUAAUGGGAAUAUUUCCUUCACCUCAUCAGUCGUCGAAAGCAAAAAACCUAUCCCUGCAGUCAAGGUCUUGUACCGGUUCGUGACCAAGGCCGAGGCUGAUCGUCUAAGCGAUUCCAUCACUUCCGAUGUCCAGGAGAUCACAUUGCCAAUUCCAGCGGUGCGGGGCUUGAGGCAUUUGCUCGAAAGAAGCAAUCAAUGGUUGCCAUCCGGUGAUAGAUUAUUCAGAGAAUGGACCGUCGGUUUGCUGGAAAAAUGGAACGCAUGA